UUCUGAAUAUUCUAAUUGUUUAAAUAUUAUUUAACAUUUAAAAAAUGUUACAAGUAUUAAAAGUGAAUUUGUUGACUGUGUUCAAACGUGUACAUUGCUGAAAAGAGUAUGAGAAGCAGAAGCAUCACCCGGUUCAGGUUCGGUACGGAGAAAAUGGUUGAAUUGGUCUCCUCCACACCCGUAAGUGCGAACAGGUGGUUGUCCAGGCCUGUUCUGUCCUAUGAGUGAAUGGUGCACUAUCUGGAAACCCCUAACGAAAAUGAGCGAGAAGGAGGGUGAGUCAGAUGAUUCGUAUUCCUUCUGUAGGUCAAUCAGAGCUACAAUUAGUAGGAAAAAGAAGAAGACGAGAGACCCUAGCUGUGCAGAUGAGGUAUGCUUCGCCACUUCCCGGUUAAAAAUCGAUCAUAAAAUAUCGAUUUCGAGUUCGAGAAUCGUUGGAAGUGAAUUGCGUAUUCCGCCGUUGGCGCUGUAAUCUUUAAUUUAAACCCAAUACGCGCGCAUUUCACAGGAAAUAUUACC